UAUACACAAUGGAUAUUUGUCUACAGAGAAAGGUCAGCAUCACGAAUUCCCGUAUAUCACAAUGCAUCUACAACGCGCGCGAGCUCUGGUCCGCUACUAUCUGGAUAGACACCUAUAUGACACUGCUGCCUUCUGGGCUGACAAAGCAGUCUCUAUUUCUAGAGGAUGUGCAGAGGAUGUAUUUACUCUUGCUCAAUCUCUUUUUCUUGCUGGUCGUUACCGUCGUGCAGCACUACUUCUCAAAUCAAAGGGUCUCGUGCAGUGCCAUCUGAUAUGUCGAUAUCUGGUUGCCAAAUGUCAUGCUCAAUGUGGGGAAUGGAAGAGUGUCAUAGAUGUGCUGGACAUUCUAAUUGAUGAAACUGAUAGUGAAGUAACCAUUAAAGAGCUGAGUGAUGUGACUAACACGUGUGGGAUUAUAUCAAGUGGUGUAGACAGUGCUAUUUGCUAUCUACGAGGUGUUGCUUGCCAAGCUUUGGAGAACAGACUUUAUGCAAAAGAAAAUUAUAAGCAAGCUCUUCGUCUCGAUGUGUUCUGCAGCGAGGCUUUUGACGCUUUGAUGAGUCAUCACUUGUUGACACCCCAAGAAGCGAGGGAGUUUCUUGACACACUUCCAUUUGAUAGUCAGUGUAGCGACACUGAAGAACAGGAGUCUCUAAGAUUUCUUUAUUACAGUCAACUUGAUGUCAAGGUGCUUGCUUUUGAUGAAGCUAGUGUUCCAGAAUCUCUAAGUCGGAGUUUGGAUGUUAAAGUUUGCACUGCAGAACAGUAUUACAUCAGUUGGGAUCAUGAUUCUGCUGUUAACAUCACAAAACAAAUUUUAAAGGAAGAUUUGUUUCAUCCACGAUGUGUCUUACUUCAUAUAGGAUGUUUAGCAGCCCUUGAAGAGACAAACGAGAUAUUUCUUUUGGCUCACAAACUUGUUGAUGAUUGUCCACAGGAAGCAAUUUCAUGGUAUGCAGUUGGUUGCUAUUACACGAGUUGUCAGAAAUAUGACACAGCGAGGCAGUUUUUCAGUAAAGCAAUGACUAUUGAUCCUCUUUUUGGAGAGAGUUGGUUGGCUUUUGCACACGCUUUUGCAUAUGAGGGAGAACAUGAUCAAGCCAUUGCAGCAUACCAAACCGCAGCUCGUCACAUGCCAGGUUGCCAUCUUCCUCUUCUAUUCAUUGGACAAGAAUAUGUUCAAAUGGACAAUUCUUUAGCAGGGAAAUUUUUUAAACAAGCUUUGAAGAUAGCACCAGAAGAUCCAGAUGUUUUGCAUGAACUUGGAGUGUUGAAGUAUCAGUUGGGCAUGUAUCAAAAGGCAGAGAAGUACUUUUCAGAUGCAAUUAGUCACGUUGAGAAAUACAAAGGAGUUGGCAUCCAACGCCAUUGGGAGAUGUUAUACAACAACUAUGGUCACGUUUGUAGGAAAUUAGGAAAGUAUGAUGAUGCCAUAUUGUCGCAUCACAAAGCUCUCCAACUAGAACUGCACAAUCCUUCCACUCAUUCUGCCUUAGGCUUUGUGUACAGUUUAACGCUUCAACACAGGAAGGCUGUUGAGGAAUACCACAAGGCAUUAAAAUUAAAAAAAGAGGACACAUUCACAAUGCAGUUGCUGAAUCAUGAACUUGAAGUGUUAGCAGGUUUUGACCCAUUGCAAGGAACGGAUCUAGGAGCAAAUAAUCCUAACACUGUUGAAGAGCUCGAGACUAAAAUCCACUCAAACACAUCAGAUAUGGAUGACUGUGCGAAAUCUGAAACUCUGUCAGACAUUGAAAUUGACUAGCCUUACGUAUGUGACAUGUCUUUUAACCAAUAUAUUUGUCAAUAUAUAAUAUUGGAACUUGG